AUGUCUUCGCUGUUUUCGCAAGAGAAAAUUGACAAGCUCGCCGAUAAGCUGGGCGUCUUCGUCACAGCUGCGAGCGAGAAAGUCAAGGAAGUCACAGAAAAGACACUCAACAAGGAUACGCCUCUGGAGAAGAACCUGAAGGAGGCGACGAGCGACAAGAACUGGGGCUGCGCCACGACAGUGUUGAGCGAGAUCGCACAAUGUUCGUUCAACUGCACGGACUAUUUACUGAUUAUGAAAUUCAUGUGGUCGGCGCUGGCUGAGCCCCCGAAGAAAUGGCGGCGGAUUUUCAAGGCCUUGACGCUGUUGGAGUAUCUUCUGAAGAACGGCAACGACAGAGUAGUGGAGGACACGCGCGAGAAUCAGUUCGCUCUGCGAGUGCUGCAGCAGUUCAGCUUCACCGAGGAGGGACGCGACAAAGGAGCGGGAAUCCGUGAGAAGGCGAAGCUCAUCUGCCGUCUGGCGUUCGAUCCUGAGCUGCUGAAGGAGGAGCGUGAAACAGCGCAGAAGAACAGAAACAAGUACGUCGGCAUCGGCGCGCGAGGCGAGUGCACCAGCUUCUCCAGUGCCGCUUCGAUCUCUUCGGCGACGUCCUUCUCUAGCGCGCCAAAUUCCUUUUCUUCCUUCAACGCGAGCAAUAAAAUCGCGGCGCGGGCGCGCGCGGGCGACGUCCACACCGCCGGGCGGCCCUUCGGGCCCUCGCGGUCGGCCGCUGGAGCCUUGGGCUCCACGACCGGCUCCGGCGCAAAGGGCCGAGACGGCCGAGGCACGCCCAGAGGCGCCCUCGACUGCAGCACCACCGAUGGCGCGAGUGCGGGUCGCAGGUCGCCGACGGCGGAGGAUCCGCACGGCAAAGGUGCCAAAGACGACGACAGGAAAAGCGGCUCUACCGGCAAGAAGAAGAAGAACGAGAAAGAGGACGACAAACACCAUCGACGCAGACAGAAGGAGCGCAGCCAGAUCACGCCGAGCGACGAUCUGCUGGCGCUGGACGAGGAUUUCCAGAGCGCAACGCUGGCCGCGCCUGCCGCGCGCGUCCCCCCGGUGUUCUCGGACGACUCGCUCUUUGGGAACGACGACAAUUGGAGCGGCUUCACGGCUGCGUCGUCCGCAUCGACGGAGACUGCGGCGAAGACGAUUGCGGCGGGUGCUUCAGCUGCAGCAGGCGGAGGCGCGCUGCCGUUCGAGCUGUUCCCGGCACCCCCCGCCCCAUGGAGUGCGCAGUCUGGGGUCCAGGCGGGAAACCAGGCCGCGGACUCGAGCGCGGCGAACGAUCUCUUCGGCGGCUUCCAGGCUGCGCCUCCACAGUCGGCUAGCGGCGGCGCGGCCGCGGUGUCUUCGGGUCUAUCGUCUCUGGACUUCUUCGCUGCGCCGACGCCCACCGUGUCCGCGCUGCCUCAGUCUCAGAAUGCCAGUCUCGCGGGCGGCGACAAGAAUCCCUUCUCAGCACCGCCUGCGCCUGCAGCUAGCCAGCAGAGACCUACAGAAGGCUUUUUUGCCGAUUCGGCGUUCGCCACGUUCAGCAUGAACGUCGCAGGCGACGGAGCUCAGCCUCAGAAUCGCCUGGCGACUGGCGACGCGUCUAUGGGCCGCGCGGCCCUCUCAGUCGCUGCGACAGGACUCCCCUCCACUCGUUCGCCUCAGCAGGCCGCGAGCUUCGGAGCGGCGAGUGCUUCGCCGGCUUCUUCCGCCUUCCCCGCUGCGUCUCCUCUCGCGACUGCGACGGGGGCUGCCCCCGCCGCGGGCCCUGGAGCCAUGCCGAAUUUGUUUCCAGCUCCGCAGGCGGCAACUCCCUCUUUCUACGGUCAGGCGCCCGUGAAUGCGUUUGGGGGCGGCGCGCAGCCCGCGCCGUCGCUUCCAACGUUCCCGCUGCAGCCCGCUGCCUCCCAGAGCGGCGCGGCGUUCCCCGCCUUCCCGCAGGCCUCCUCGGCGCCCUUCUUUGGAGCCCAAGGCGGUGCAGGCGCGGGCGCGCCUGCUGCAGGGGCCUUCGGCGCGUUCCAGGCGGCGCCUGCGCCUGCACCUCUGUUGGGCGCUCUGUCGGCCGGCGCGCCCGCGCCCGGUGGCAUGCGCCUGAUGUCUCCUUUCCCGGGCGCGCCCGCGCCCGGAGUCGGCAAGACUGGCGCGUAG